AUGGCAAAGCAAGUCCGAGGAUACGAAGGGACCUUGCUAGAAGCUAUCGAGGCAGGUGUGGUGCCGCGGCCUGAAAGGUUGCGGUACAGGGAGUGGCUUGCUUGGCGGGCAGCGGAAGGACAAAGGCCUUCGCGCCGCCGUGGGGAUACCUCAGGUACCACUACAAAUGGUGAAGAAUCGGAGCUGUGGCGCGAGGUCAUGCGCGCGCUCCAUGAGGAAGACCCAGGAGAAGCAAGUAGAGGAAGUAGCGACAGUCAGGAGGAGGAAGAGCUGCUGAGUGCGGACGAUGGGACUGGAAGGGACCGUGCGGCCACCGGCGCCGGGAGAUCGACAGAACAUCCUGAUAGGUUUGCGCUGGAGGAUGGGAGAGCGACUCCUGCUUCUUCUACUGUCGGCAACGAAAGUGUGUUCAAGGCACCAGUUACUGCCGAAGCACUUGAGCACGCAAUGGCACGGCCUUACGAUGGGAAUAAAGAAACAGCAAAGAAGUUUGCGCGAAGGAUUUACCGAAUUGCAGAUGUCCUGCAAGAAAUGGGAGCUGAGGUGGACAUGCAAGAAGUGGAGCUCAAGGUGGCUCGCGCCAUUUUUUCCGAAAAGGUUCAGGGGCAAACGCCUGAGGAACAGCUCGCCUCUCUCAAAGAGUUUUUCCGCGAGUUAUUGUUGGAAGAUCCACCUGAAGAGCAAGAAGGAGAGCAUGAAGCCCGUUUGGAAGUCCUGUUGCAUAUGAUUCAGGAGAGAGGCGGGAAACUCAGCAAAACCAUGGGAAAGGUCUUCUCUUCAAAUGAAGGGACGCCUGAAAAGAGCGGUCCGUCGAAGGUGUUGGACUACACUCCGGCGGGCAGGGGCCGCGGAGAAAGCUCUCCGGUGGGCUUAGGCCACGGAGAUGGGUUUCGAAGCCCAGCUAUCGAGAGGCCAGCUGCAGAAGUGGCGGAUCUCAAGCGGCGCGUCGCCGAGCUGGAAGGAGACGCUCGGUCCGAGGUUAGUCGGGGUGUAGAUGUGAGCGCUUUUGCUGAAGCCAUCGAGAAACAGACGAAAGUCAUGGCCGAAGCGCUCGGAAAGAAACAGAAGCGCUCGACCAUUCAAGUCAGCCCAAAAGUCCAUUGGCCCACGUUGGAUGAUGAGUGCAGUGACUGGUCAGUCCAGGAGUUCUAUGACUCUUUCGAAGCGUGCUUGAAGCAGCACCGUUUGAAAACGUAUGAGCUGAUUUACCGAAAGAACCUCGGCUCGGGAAUAGUCAAGGAAGAUCCUGGCGAGGUGUACAGGCAAAUCAAAUCCAAACAUUUGAUGUUCUCCGAGACUGCGGAAGAGAAAGAGAUUCGCGUCUUGGAAGAAGGUGAUGCCCUUCAGAAAGGGAAACUCUCCGCCUUCCAGUGGGAAGUGCGAUGGGAGUCUCACCUGGCGGAUCGAGACAGCGUUGGGCUUGGUCUAAACGCGAAGGAAGCCUUGAUCCAAUAUUUCAGGAAGAUUGGGCCCGCGCUUUCCCGCGACGUAAGACGUGAUAGACGUUUUCGGCCAGAUGGGUCGGGGGGAAAUGUGUUUCGUGCAGUUGCGACAUGGGAGGAGGCUCAUGAAGUCGUAAAGGAGAUAGAGGAGACAAAUGCAGGACAGAAGGCGCUAAACAAUAGCACGUUUGCCGUCAAGCAGGUGGGAAAGGAUGGCAAGAAGGGAGCAGACCAGAUUCACGCGCAAGGCUCAGAGUCCUGA